CCCGUGUUUACGUGGAGAACAAAGAUGGCUGCGAGCAGCGCGCGGCGAGUCGGUGUCGGAGGCGCGUGAGGCGGGGCGGAGCCCGCGGGCUGUUUACCUGUGUUUACCUGCUCACCUGUACACCUGUCCGCUCACCUGCAGCAGCGGCGGCACGGGCGCGCGAGAGCACCAUGGAGGAUGAGGAGCGCCGGAGGAAGCUCGAGGCUGGCAGAGCCAAGCUGGCUGAGUACCGGCAGAGGAAGGCCCAGAGCGAUGGACAGAAGAAGCAGCAGAAGAAGAAGAAGAAGCUGAAGGGCUCGGACCCGGACGAGGGCGGAGUCAGGCGGGACGAGGGCGGAGUCAGGCGGGACGAGGGCGGGGACAGGAAGGAGACCCCCGCCACUGAAUUCUCGUUCUCUAGAACUCUCCGCAGCGGACAAACCGUCAAACACGACCAAACCUACACCAUAGAGCCCGAGAGUGAAGUUUCCACCACUGCAGAAGAUUACUCCUCUGAGGUGAACGGGUGUGUCGAGAGGUCUGAGAGGUCACUGGAGGAUGAAGAAUUGCAGCCUCCGGUGUCCCCUCUGGAGGAGGAGCUUCAGCAGGCCGAGUCCCCCGCACGAAUGCGGGCCGUGGAGGACGAGCUGGCGGCGAAGAGCCUGGCGGUGGAGGAGCUGAGCCGGGAGCUGGAGGAGAUCAGGGCUGCGUUCGGAGCCGAGGGGGUGCAGCAGCUGCAGGACUUUGAAGCUGCACUGAAACAGAGAGAUGGAAUCAUCACUCAGCUGACGGCGAACCUGCAGCAGGCCCGUAUGGAGAAGGAUGAGGUGAUGAGGGAGUUCCUCCAGCUGACGGAGCAGAGCCAGAAAUUACAGCUCCAGUUCCAGCAGCUGCAGGCUGGUGAAUCACUGAGGAGCUCCAGUAUCAGCAGCACUGCGGCCGACCUCCUGCAGUCCAGACAACAGGUCCUACUCUACCAGCAACAGCUGGAGCAGAGGGACGUCCAGAUCAGAGCUCACCUGAUGCAGUUGGACGAGAGGGACGGAGAGGUCAAAGGUCUCCAGAUGCAGUUGGACGAGAGGGACGCAGAGGUCAAAGGUCUCCAGAUGCAGUUGGACGAGAGGGACGCCGAGGUCAGUAGUCUCCAGAUGCAGGUAGACGAGAGGGACACAGAGGUCAAAAGUCUUCAGGAGAAGCUGUUACAGACGAAGGUCACAAGGGAAUCGGAGGAAUCGAUCAGUCUGAACCUGCAGAUAGAAGAGCAGGAGAAGCUUCUGGCUCAGCUCCACGCUCAGCUCCGACAGUCUGAGCAACAUCUAGCAGAGGUCAGGAGGGAGGCUGAAGAAUCGCUUGCUCAGAGGCUGCAGGAGAAGGACCUCCGGAUAGCAGAGCAGGAGAAGCUGACAUCCCAGCAGCAGCAGCUGUUAUCUGAGCUUCAGGACAACCUCCGAGCUUCCGAAAGUCAUCUAACCGAGGUAGGCGAACAGCUGGCCGCAAAGAUCCGCGAGCUGGAGGCCUGCGAGGUGGAGCUCCAGACGUCCAGGCAGAAGGAGCGCCUGUCAUCCGGUGAGAUUCAGCAGCUCAUGGGCACUGUGGAAGACCUGCAGAAGCGCUGCCACCACCAGGGGGCCGAGCAAGGAGAUGCUGCCCGCAAGGCAGACCUCCUGAGGGCGGAGCUGGACGAGAUGUAUGGCCAGCAGAUCGUACAGAUGAAGCAGGAACUUUUGCUCAGGCACACGGAAGAGAUGGCGCAAGUUCGGGAUCAACAUUCCUCAGAGAUGGAGAAGAUCUCAGAGAAUCUAAGAGCAAGGUUGACCCAGAGCACCGGAGAGGUCAACGCGCUGAAUGCCAGAGUGGUGGAGCUCCAGCAAAAGCUGCAGGAGAACCAGGUUCUGCGGGAGAAAGCAGUGCAAGACCUUGCGCAAGUGUCCAAGGAUAAAUUGUCGCUGCAGAACCAAGUGCAGGAACUUGCUGAAGACUUGCGCUUGACGAAGCAACGUAGGGCAAUGGAUAAAAGCCAGACGGAGAUCCAACAGGAGCUUCAAGCAACAAUUAGUGACCUGCAGACGAAGCUUGCGGCUGCGCGGGAAGCUUCAAAAGAAAUGGAGGCCAAGCAUGAGUCCGAGAUCACCAACUACCAGAUCAAGCUGGAGAUGCUGAAACGGGAGAAAGACGCCGUUCUUGACCGGAUGGCCGAGUCGCAAGAGUCGGAACUGGAGCGUCUACGAACGCACCUCCUCUUUAGCCAUGAGGAGGAACUUUCUAGACUGCGUGAUGAUCUUCAACACGAGAGCCAGAUGAACAUGGAGAACUUGCGGGAUGAGCUCAGGCAGGUUCGGAACGGAUACGAGGCCGAGAGGUCCAUUCUGGACGCAGAAAGGUCCUCUCUUCUGCAGGAGAUUGUGCUGCUGAAGGACGACCUCAGUCGAGCGCUGGAAAGCUCAAGGGUGGAGGAGCUGGUCUUGCAGCUGAAGGAGCUGCAGGUGGAAAUUCAAGAACUGAAGACGAGAGAGAGUGAAAGAAGCAAAUCUAAAGAGGAGGAGAGCUGGGAUAAAACCAGGGUAGACAAUCUGGAAUCAGAAAACAAGGUUCUGAAGGAAGCAAAUGCAGCAAUGGAAGAAGAGCUGAAGUCCCUAAAAGAAGACCGUGAAGGACUGCUGAAGAAAAUCGAAAGUUUUGCAACUGACAAUCAAAAAGCCAGCAAGCUAGCAGAAGAUCUGAGGGCCGAAAUCGAGAGGCAGAAGUCCACCUUCUCAUUCGCAGAGAAGAACUUUGAGGUGAACUACCAGGAACUGAGGGAGGAGCUGGAGGAGAAGCUUCAGGAGCAGAUGCGACAGUACGACGCCAGACUUCAGGAAAAGCAGCAGAGCGAAGAUCAAGGAGGUGACCGAGAACAGUUAGAAGAGGAAGGAAAGGAAGGAGAAGUAGAUGAAGGUACAUUGGUGGAGAAAGACACUACAGAGCUAAUGGAGAAGCUGCAGAAGGUGGAGCUGGAGAAGGUGGACCUGGAAGAAACGUUGCAACAGAAGGAGAUUGAACUGCAAAGGAUGGAGGUGGAUUUGAAGAAGGUGGAGUUGGAGAAGGCAGAGGUUCUGAACCUGAAUCGUGCAGAGCUCCAGAGACUAGAAAUGGAAAAGGCCAAGCUGGUGGAAAACAUGGAGGAGAGUGAGGCCAAGCUGCAGAGGGUGGAGGUGGAGAAAGCAGAGCUUAUGAAGCUACUGGAGGACAAGGAGCUGGGAUCAGAGAAGACAGGAGUUGUGGAUCAGGCUGAGGAAAAGGAGGAGGAGCUUUGUGUCUUGAGAGAGGAGGUCAAGGAGCUCACGCUGAAGAACGAAGCUCUGGAGAAGGAACUGGAAGCCCUGCAACAAAAACACUUGAAAAGUGAAGGAGUUUGCUCCGUUCAGGACCAUCAUCUUCAGAUCACAGCGCUGGAGGAGGAACUGCAGCCACUCCACACCUCCUUAAGGAGCGGGGCGCGAGAGCGGCUGGCCGGCCUGCAGCAGGACGAGCAGUCGCUGGAGGAGGAGGAGGAGGAUGAGGCGCGAGAGGAGGUGGAGGCGGUACCUGUGGAGGGUCUCCUCGCUCCACCCCUCGUUCGCCCGGAGAGAGAGAGAGGAGCGACAGCACCGAGAACCCAGCCGACCGCGCCGGACUCUCGCGCACGCACUCGCGCAGCGGCGCAGGUGAAGAUCACAUGUGUCCACAGUGAUGGAGAGACAGAAGCUCAGUCAGUGACCCGUCCAAUCAGCAUGGAGGGAUCAGAACAUGAGGAGUGCCGGUUGCAGAUGGAGGCUCUGAGGAUCAGUCUGAAUCAGAUUCACGCUGCACAGCUGGAGCUGCUGAGAGAGAACCUGACUCAGCAUACAGUCUCCGGAGAUGUCCCCGAGUCCUGCAGGGUUAGGGACGGCGUCUCUGAGGAGCUCAGUUCACUGGAUCAGAUGGUGUGUGAUGAUCAGACGGCGAGGAGUGAAGACGUCCACGCCGCCGCCGCGCCCCGCCUCCAUUACCAGCUGCCGGAGGGGGAAGGCAAUCACUCUCCUGGUCAGAAGCUGGAUAAGAUGCUGAGGCUGGAGUUCCAGGAGCAGCAGGAGCUUCAGGAGCAGCAGCACCAGCAGGAGAUCCAGCGCCUGAGGAGUUACUACACCCAACAGGCCCAGGAGACGGAGGAGCGCUACCGGACCGAGGUCAUCCUGCUGGAGAACCGACUGCAGGAACUGACUGGAGCCGACGCCGUCUACAGUAUCCCGGCUGUACCGCUGCCAGGCCAGCAGGGGGCAGAGCUGCAGCAGCUAGAUGAGUUGGAUGGAGGGAGGAGAGUGAGGGAGGGAGGGGCGAGAGACACUGAGGAUCUGCAGAGGCAGAGAGAGGAGGACAUCGCUAAGGUGAUCGUGCAGAUGUCUGUGGAGUUCGCUCAGCAGACGGAACGGGCUCGGCUCGGCCGGCGACAGCAGCCGGACCCCGAGCGAGAGCGACUGCAGGAGGAGCUCAGAGAGAGAGACCAGGAGCUCCUGCUGCUCAGAAACAAGCUGGAGGUUAUGGAGCAGGGGGAGGCAGAGCAGAAGGAAGAGGAGGAGGAAGAAGAGCAGAACCAAAGACAGAAGAUAAACCGUCCCAGCAUGCAAAGCAGCUGCACACAGACCGACACGCUGCAGGACAGAGAAGAGGCGGAUGAGGAGAGGGACAAGGUAAAGGAGAUGAAGGAGGAUGUGAUGUCACAGCUGUCUUCACAAGACAUGGAGUCUUCCUCUGAUUACAUCACAACCGAAAGGAAUCUCCUGAAGAAAGCCAAUGAAAAACUGCGUCAGGUUCUAGUUGAUGUAUUAAAGACCACAGCUGCAACCGAGGAGACGAUUGGUCGCCAUGUAGAGGCACUACUAGAAACAUCCAGCAGAGAGCAGCAGUCUACUUCCAGAGACUUUUCCUCUGAGAGUUUCCACGGCAGCGAGACGACAGCGGCGGACGACGCGAGUGUGUUUUCCGCGGAGACGGAGACGGACGAAGGACUGGAGCUCUCACAGAUGAUGCUCGGCGUCGGUCUUCAGUCGGAGGGGGCGGAGCUUCAGCUGGAGAGGGAGGAGUAUCUGAGCAGCAUCAGCUCCAGACUGCAGAGCGCUGUGGAGAAACUGCUGUUCACCAUCACAGAGACCACCAGCCAGCUGGAGCACGCGCGGGUGACGCAGACGGAGUUGAUGCGGGAGAAGUUCAGGCACGGGGAGGAGGUUGCGGAGCUGAUGAGGAGGCAGGAGGAGCUGCAGGAGAGACUGACGGAGGAGGCCGGCGCCCGCCAGCGCCUCGCUCUACAGCUCCACAGCGCAGAGGGUCUGAUUGACGGUUAUACGGGUGAGAGGCGGGCUCUGGAAGAACAGGUGCGUGAGAGGGCGGAGCUUCAGCUGCAGUUGGAGCAGGAGCUGCAGGUAACCAGCAGUCGUCUGCAGGAACUCGAACACGAGAGACAGAGCGUUCACCACCAGAGGGAGCUGCUGCACCGCCAGCAGGAGGCCAUGAGGGGCGGAGCCGGCGGAAGAGAACUGCGCCUAGUUGAGGCUGCAGGUGAUGCAGCACCUGAGGCAGACCUCCUGGAGGAGACGGAGAAGCUGAUGCAGGAGAAGGUGGAGGUUCAGCGUCAGGCCGAGAAGGAGCACGCUGAGCUCCUGCAGCAGGUGAAGCAGCUGGAGGCGGAGCUUGAGGAACAGGUGGGGCGUUUUGCAGAGCUGGAGGAAACUCACCGGGCCGAGAGUGCUGACCUUACACAACAGAUCAGUGCCCUGGAGAAACAGAUGGAGAAUAACCGCCGGUUCCUGGAUGAACAGGCAAUGGACAGGGAGCACGAGAGAGAUGUGUUUCAGCAGGAGAUCCAUAAACUGGAGCAGCAGCUGAGGAACCCCCCGAAACCCCCGGCCAGUAGUGACCAGCACCACAGAGAGGUGGAGGAGUUGAGCGGUGCUCUGAGGGAGAAAGCUGAUUGGUGCAGUGAGCUGCUCCUGCGGUCGGAGCAGCUGCAGAGGGAGGUGGAGGAGAGGAACGAGGAGAUCGAGAAGCUGGAGACUCGCGUCAGAGAGCUGGAGCAGGCGCUCAUCGCUAACACCCACCCCGCCACCACCGAGGAGGACAGUAAGCAGUAUGCCUCGAUGGCCGCUGGUGAGGACGCUACACUGGAGUCUCUCCUCCAGACUGAGAGAGAGGCUCUGGACAGGAAGGAGAAGGAGAUCGUUAAUCUGGAGGAGCAGCUGGAGCAGUUCCGGGAGGAGCUGCAGAAUAAGAGCGAGGAGGUGCAGCAGCUCCACAUGCAGCUGGAGAUCCAGCGCAAGGAGAUCAGCACCCAGCAGCAGGAGCUCCUCACCCAGACCAACCUGCACACGGUGUUGCAGCAGAAGGACAGGGACAUAGCUCUCCUUAAUGAGCACAUCGCUAAACUCCAGCUAACAGAGCCCCGCCCUGACCACCAGGAGGUGGAGCAGAAGAGCGAGCUGGUGCUGGAGCUGGAGGCUCAGGUGGAGUACCUACGAGGAGAACAGGAGCGCCUGAAGCGAGACAGCGAGGAGGAGGUGGAGCAACUCAACUCCGUCAUCGAGAAACUCCAGCAGGAACUGUCCCACAUAGAGCACAAACAGACCCCAGAGGACGAGGACGACCGCCAUGGCGAGGAGGAGUACGAUGAACUGAAACAGAAGUUGGAAGCAGUCGUUAAGGAGCUGGAAACUCUGAAGACUGAACACUCGUCACUCCUCGUUGAGUAUGAGGGUGUCCAGCAGGAACUGUCCCACAUAGAGCAAAAAGAGGACCACCAUGGCGAGGAGGAGUACGAUGAACUGAAACAGAAGUUGGACGCAGUGGUAAAGGAAUUGGACUUUUUUAAGACUGACCACUUGUCACUCCUCGUUAAGUACGAGAGUCUCCAGCAGGAACUGUCCCACGUAGAGCACAAACAGACCUCUAAGAUUGAGGACGACGAACUGAAACAGAAGUUGGAUGCAGUCGUGAAGGAGCUGGAAACUCUGAAGACUGACCACUCGUCACUCCUCGUUAAGUACGAGAGUCUCCAGCAGGAACUGUCCCACGUAGAGCACAAACAGCAACAGGAGGACAACCUCCAUGGCGAGGAGGCGUAUGAUGAACUGAAACAGAAGUUGGAUGCUGUCAUACAAGAGUUGGAUACCCUCAAAACUGACCACUCGUCACUCCUCGAUAAGUACGAGAAACUCCAGCAGGAACUGUCCAACGUAGAGCGCAAACAGAGCCCAGAAGACAAGGAUGACCUCCAUGGAGAGGAGGAGUAUGAUGAACUGAAACAGAAGUUGGAUGCAGUCGUAAAGGAGCUGGAAACUCUGAAGACUGACCACUCAUCACUCCUUGUUAAAUACGAGGGUGUUCAGCAGGAACUGUCCCACGUAGAGCACAAACAAAGCCUCAAGGGUGAGGACGACCUCCAUGGCAAGGAGGAGUAUGAUGAACUGAAACAGAAGAUGGACAUGGUGGUAAAGGAACUGGACUCCUUAAAGACUGACCACUCGACACUCCUCGUUAAGUACGAAAGUCUCCAGCAGGAACUGUCCAACGUAGAGCGUACACAGAGCCCCAAGAUUGAGGGCGACCUCCAUGGCGAGGAGGAAUACAAUGAACUGAAACAGAAGAUGGACGCGGUCAUACAAGAGUUGGACACCCUCAAGACGGACCACUCGUCACUGCUCAUUAAGUACGAGGGUGUCCAGCAGGAACUGUCCAACGUAGAGCGCACACAGAGCCCCAAGUUUGAGCACGACCUCCAUGGCAAGGAAGAGUACAAUGAACUUAAACAGAAGAUGGACGCAGUGAUAAAGGAACUGGAAACUCUGAAGACUGACCACUCGUCACUCAUCGUUAAGUAUGAAGGUGUCAAGCAGGAACUGUCCAACGUAGAGCAAAAAGAGGACCUCCAUGGCGAGGAGGAAUACGAUGAACUGAAUCAGAAGUUGGAUGCAGUGGUAAAAGAGCUGGAAACUCUGAAGACUGACCACUCGUCACUCCUCGUUAAGUACGAGAGUCUCCAGCAGGAGGCGCUGGAUCGAGAUGCAGAGCAGGAGCAGGAGAGCGGGAGGUGGAAGGCGGCACUGGACGAGGCUCUGAGGGACCGCACCGCCGCUCUGGUUGUGGCCCAGGCUCAGGUCCAUGCUCUGCAGGAAAGUGCCGGGUCCCGGGUGGGUGACCUGACACAGCGAAUAGCAGAGCUGGAGGAGAGCGUGGAGGAGAAGGAGGCGGAGCUACACGCCUGCAGACUACAGGUAGAAAAGGCUCAGGACGGCGCAGAGAUGCUACACCUGAAGGUGUCUCAGCUGGAGGAGAAGCUCAGGGAAAAGGUGGCUGCCGUGUUGGUGAGCCAGGCCCAGCUGGAGGCAGUUCAGGUCCAAACCAAAGAGCUCCACAGGGAGGAAGCAACAUUAGACCAAGCCAUCGCCGGACUGCUGGACUCCAGAGCAGAUCUGGAGGGCGAGGGCCACGCGGUGGCUCGGGUGCAGAAGGCGAGGACCCCUGGUAAGGUGGGGUUACUGUCGGAGAAGCUGCAGGAGCUGGAGCAGGGUCUGAGCUUCUUACAGAAAGACCAGGAGCUUCAGAAGGAGCUUCUGAGCAGCUCGGAGGAGGAGGUGCAGGAGUACGAGCGGCGGCUGGCCGUGCUGGUGGAGCUCCUCAACCAGAUGAGGACCAAACCAUCACCUACCUGUGCACAGGUGUUGAGUGAUGGGGACGGUCAGGUGGAGGAGGUUCUCGCGGAGCUGCAGAAGGUACGAGAUGAAGCGAACGCUGCUAACGAAGAGCUAACAAGCUGCCGAGAGCUCAGCCGGAACCUGCAGGAACAGAUUCAGCUGAAGGAGGCAGUCAUCCAGCAGCUGGAGGAAGAUCUGCAGAAGGCGUUGGAGCGUGGUGGCGAGGUGUCAGAGGUCCUGCGGGAGCUUCAGGACGCCCAGGACCAGGCAACGGCCAGUAAAGAGGAGCUGAUCACCUGCAGGGAGCUCAGUCACCACCUGCAGGAGCAGAUACAGGAGCGGGAGAUGACCAUCGCUCUGCUGAAGGAUCAGCUGCACCGGGCGUCGGGGGAGGUGGAAAGUUCUGAGCUUCUUCAGGAGCUUCAGGAGGUCCGGACUGAAGCAGCAGCUACUAAAGAAGAGCUGAACAGCUACAUCGAACAGAACCUCAAACUACAGGAGCAGAUACAGGUCCGAGACGUGUCUCUCGCUGAGAUGAUGGAGGAGCUCCAGCAGCUGCGUACAGCUUUAUCCAAAUCUAAUGAGGACCAACCGGCCCAGUCACCACCGCCUCAGCCCCAGUCCCCCCCGCCGCCGCUCCAGUCUUCCUCCCAGUCCAGAAAGAAGGCAGGGAAGCACAGUGACGGGAAGAGCAAAAGCAGCAGCGUCGCCAAAGAUAAACCAGCCCUGUCCCGAAAGAACUCCAGCAGCCAGUCCUCCAACGGCUCCCAGCACCUCCCCAACGGCCGGGUGGACGCCGGGACCCAGGUGGAGCGAGUGGAGGCGUCCGAGGAGCUAGAGGAGGUGAUCGGAGAGUAUACGGAAAGGAUCGGUCAGAUGCAGGAGCUGCACGCUGCCGAGAUCAUGGACAUGGAGAACCGACACAUUUCAGAGAGCGACAAUCUGAAGAGGGAGAACCAGCGUCUGGAGCAGGAGUGCUCCGCCCUCAGAGCCACCAUCAGCAACCUGCGCACCAAUGAGGCUGUGAGACAGGACCAUCCCACGUCCUCACAGUUGAGAGACGGAUACGUCAGCGACAGCAGCUCGGACUGGAGUCAGCGGACGGGUUUUGAGUUCAGGAGCACCCCUGAGGGAGCUCGCCGAGAGGAGUCCGACCCACUGCCUGACCGGAUCAAGGUGCACUUUACACUGUACUUCACCCACACGCCUACCUCAGAGUAUACUACUCUUCUAAGGGAGGUUCAUCAGGAGGGCAUGCAGGUCCUCUCUCUGUCUGAACUUCCUGUUCCUGAGGCUGAACUUCCUGCAUCACAGCCCCCCCUGCAGGCCUGGAGGAAAGAGCGGGAAGCUCUGCUGGACACGGUGGAGUCCCUCAAAACCCUCAUUACCCAACUGCAGACCUCCACCCACAGCCAGACACAGGACUGGCGUGGGGAUCUGCUGGGGGCGGUACAGCAGGUGUUCCUGAGGGAGCGUCAGGUACUGAAGGUGACGCUGCUCACAAACCUGGACCUGCUGGAUCCCAGAGACGCCGUCAAUCUCCUGAACCAGAUCCAGAGACUACUGACCCAACAGGACGCUGGUCAGCAGGAGGCGCUGUCGUCCCUCCUCUCCGCUGAUCGCCGCAGUCUAUUGGCUGAGCUCACACACCUGCGCUCUCAGCUACCUCACCUGCAGCAGGACACGCCCCUCACCCAGCAGCUCCACCCUGCAGCCAGCACUGAGCCGGCUGCUGAUUGGCCGAUGGCGGGAGGAGAGAGAGGGGAGGAGCUGAAAGCUGAACUGGUUCAGACUAAACUGGAGCUGGAGAUUUCCCUAAAGAACCACAACAAACACCUGCAGGAGCUCCACACACUCAGGGCGGAGGUGUGUGUUAAAGCCUCGGAGGUGGAGUCUCUGAGCGACCGGUUGGCGGAGGAGCAGAAGCGAGCGAGAGAGCUGCAGUGGGUGAUGGAGAGAGAGAAGAACAGAGCAGAACGGAGGGAGGAGGGAGAGAGAGAGGAGGUGGAGGAUCUGAGACUGUCUCUAGAGGAACAUCAGAGUCGAGUAUCUGAUCUCUCUGAUCUUCUGGAGAAAGAGAGAAAAUCUUCAUCUCAACUCAGAGAUCAGAUAACCGGAGAGAUCUCCAAACACACCAGCAUCAACACCGAGUUACAGGUACAGUUGGACGCUCAGAGGCUGCAGGUGGUUGAGCUGAGCUCUGCUCUACAGAAGGAGAAGGAACUGAAUUCGGAGCUUCUUAAACAGCUGAAACACUCCAGCUCGGACCUGCAGCGCCCCCCGCAGGCCGUCAGCGCUCAGGGGGUGGAGCAGGCGGAGGCCGGAUGCAGUCAGGUGGAGGAGGGUGUCCGCUCGAUGGAGACGUUACUCCAGUCCCUGCAGGACCAGCUGACUGAGAAGCAGUCCUCUCUGGUGGACCUCAUGGGUCAGCUGGAGCAGCAGAAGCUGCAGGACGUCCAGGCGAAGCGAGCGUGGGAAGAGGAGCGAGGGGACCUGUCCCGUGACCUGCAGGGGGCGACAGAGCGCCUGGAGAAGCUGGAGAGACGAGUCCAGGAGGUCCAGGCCCUGCUGGACGGAGAGAGGGAGCGAGGGACCAGGCUGGAGAGAGAGAGGGACGGACUGCAGAGGAGACUCACAGAUCUGAUGGACAGGGGUCAGCGGGACAGCCAGCAGCAGGGACAGUGGGGACCUGAGGGACAAACGGUGGAUCGGACUCGUGAUUGGGUUCUUCAGCAGAAGACAGAAGAUUCGAGAACUCUGACUUCCAGCAGCACCACCGUCCUGGACGCGUCAGGACAAACAGCGGGACAGACAGCUGUCCCCAACAACCUGGACAGUGUUGUUAGCAGACUUCAGCUCAUCGCCAACAAGAUCAACAGCAUGACGAGUACCUCCGCCGACAGACUUCCUGGGGAUGGUCCUGACCAAGAGAGUCUGUCCUGGCUACACAGCAAUGUUCAGGACGUCUUGUCUCUGCUGCAGCAGGUCCCAUCAGCGCCCCCUGCUGUACCAGAGAGCGCCGCCCUGCUGACCGGAGGCUCGUCCAGUGCGCUGACGGAGCGCUUGCUGAGGCAGAACGCCGAGCUCACCGGGUUCGUCAGUCGCCUGACUGAGGAGAAGAACGAGCUAAGGAACCAGCUGCUGAGACUGGAGGAGGAGCUGAGGAGACAGCGCCACCUGUCUGCACACAGCUCCAGCCGGAGCGGUUCUGAGGGACAGGAGCUGGUGCUGUUCUCCGGGGAGAGGGAGGCAUGGAGCAGAGAGAGGACACGGCUGGAGAAGUCCCUCCGGCAGGCGGAGUCCGAGCUGUCCCGCCUCCAGGGGGAGCUGCGCUCCGACACCCUGCGGGACCUCGCCGCCUCUGAUGCAGACAACACUGCGCUGAAGAGGAUGUAUGGGAAGUACCUCCGUGCGGAGAGUUUCCGGAAGGCUCUGAUUUAUCAGAAGAAGUAUCUGCUGCUGCUCCUCGGAGGUUUUCAGGAAUGUGAGGAGGCGACUCUGUCCCUGAUCGCCCGAAUGGGCGGCCGUCCCUCGUAUGUCCCGCUGGACUCGCUGGGUCAGCGUCGCCGAGCCUUCAGCCGCUUCCGAUCCGCCGUCCGAGUCUCUAUCGCCCUCUCCAGGAUGCGCUUCCUGGUGCGGAGGUGGAAGAAGGCCGCCGGAGGACCAAUCAGCUCGCCCAGCAUCAACCGUAACGGACUGGGCCAGACUCCAGGUAUAGAGGGUAGGAAUGACUCCCCUUACCUGCAGCCAGGUGUAGAGCAGUACGGUGAGAGGAGAGGGACAAACCGCACAGGAAGAGAUUCACCACGGACCGGACACUGCACACAUCACAGGUAUGGAGCAGGUGGAGGUGAGGUAGGGGGCGGAGUUUUGUGUUCUCACCUGCAGAAUUAUGACCCUGACCGCGCCCUCACCGACUACAUCACCAGACUGGAGGCUCUACAGCGGAGACUCGGCAGCGUGCAGUCAGGUUCCUCUUCGUACGCUCAGCUGCACUUUGGGAUCCGGAGGUAGAAAAGAAUCCGGAUUGAAGAACCGAACAGGAGAACGUUAGAACGUUUGGGUUCUGCGGUUCUGAGUUUAUAGUCCUGAUAAACUCGGAUCAUCAACGAGGGACCAAACCCGGGGACGUCCGUUACCAGAGUGUGUGUGUGAGACUCAGUCCUGCUGUAAGCGUGUGUGUGUGUGUGUGUGAGAGAACGCUAAUUUAAUGGAUAAUUAAUUUAUGCUGUAUGCAGGGGGGGGGGGGGUGAUAGUUUAGAGGGUGUUGGGUUUACUGGCGGCUGCUAUCGGACUUGCGGCGGUACCGGACGGGACCGACACCGUAACGGGAGCUGGGGGACAGUCUGAUCCGCUUCUGUUCCGGUUCUGAUCCGGUUCUGGCGGGGUACAGGCGCUGUACCGGUCCCGGCGCUGUCGGAUACACUACACUGUGUUUUAUUAGCCGGGUUUCCUGAACUGAACACAGAGGACCUUUGUAGAAGAAUAUUUUUGUAAAGGCAGGAGCUUCAAUUUUCUGGGUAUUUUGUCAUCGCUGAAAUAAAGAUUAAUAUAAUAUUUCA